CAGGUCAUUUUUCUAGGAGGAUGGAAGCUUUUCAGCAAUAUUUGAUGUCAGAAGGCUACGACAAGCUCAGUUUGGCCCACACAUUAAGCGAAAUAGAUUCUAAAAAUGACCCAGAGGAAGAGCCGUUUAAAUCAAAGUAUAAAGCUCGAGAAAUUCUGAUUGAAAUCAAAGACAAACUGAAAGAAUUGUUGGAAGAACAGAACAAAUCCGAACUGUAUCGCGUGUUUUCUGCGGUUCUAGAUUUGAAAUUGGGCAUUAAUUAUGUGGAGACAGAAGAAACUCAUUCGGGAGAAGAGUCAUUAAACAAGUGUAUCGACGAACUGGAGAAAUACAAAUGUGGGAAAAUGGGAUGUAAUGUUUUCCAGACUGCUCUAAAUCACCUCGGCAUUUUGAGUUGUGACCAGGGGGAUUACCCUAAAGCUCUUGACCGUCUGGAGCAGGCAGAGCGUUUAUACCACGAAUUUAAGCGAGAUGUGGGCGGCACACCGUGGGCAGUAGAGGAGUUUCUAAAACCUCCAUCAGAUGAUAAAGAGUCGUUAGAGCCUACCAGGCAUUCAAACUUUGAAAACACUUAUACUUUGAGCUUGUAUUAUAUGGCACAAAUUUUUGCAAAAACUGGGAAAACUGAAAAAUCUGCACUGUAUUGUCAAGUGACACUUCAAAGACAGCUUGAGUAUCAACAAUAUGAUCCAGUUGAUUGGGCUUUAAAUGCUGCGACUCUGUCACAGUACUACAUCACUGCCGAGGAUUUCCCUAAGGCGCGUCACUGUCUAGCAAGCGCUAGCAGAAUUUUCGAAGAAGUGAAAAGCCAUGGUGAGGACGGUCAAGAGACCCUUGCCCAAAGAAAAGCAGACAUAGAUCGUUGUUGGAUAAAAUACGGCCUGAAUCUUAUGGAAGUUUCACGAGAUAAACUUUACAAAGAAGUUGAAAAUAUGGAUUUGGAAGACAAGGAGACGAAAAAAUUGAAUGGAAGUCACAACGAAGACAACCAGCAAAGUGAAGAUGGAAGAGUAGGAGAGUCAAGCUCUCAAAGUGAAGAGUGUUCUGAUGACAUGAAGCAUAAAAUGUCCGCAAGAUUUAAUCUGGAGUUAACGUCUCUUGAAGAUCAAAUAACGUGUCAAUACUUGCAAGUAUUUUCUGAUGCACGUGAGGUGUUCCUCAUGGUACAAAAGUGGAUUAGCUCAGCUAAGGAGUUUUAUAGCUUGGACAACCACUGUUCGGACUAUAUUGAACUUGUCCAGGACCACAGUAGAGCUUUCAAACUCCUUGCGUUUUAUGAAAUGGAUAUGGACAGGCAAUGCAAAAUGCAUAAGCGAAGAAUCGACAUGCUGACAGCAACGCUAAAUGAGCUAAACCCGCAGUUCUAUCUGCUAGUUUGCAGACAACUUAUGUACGAAAUUGCCGAAACAUACAGCACUAUGCUAGACUUGAAAUUAGCCAUUGUGGAAACAACGGGAGGUACACCAAAUCCUCACAUGGUCAAAAAAAUGAACUCUUUAGCUCAGCAGAGUAUCAGUCAGUACCAAGCCUACGUGGAAUCUUUGAAAGGCGGCAAACCUGAGCUCCCAGACAAAUUUGAUGAUAUGGAUGUACGUCCUGCUCUGGUGGCCAUGUUUUGUAUGGGUCGUCUUUAUUCUAAGAUCCUUACCCCUCAGCUGCCGGAAAGGAUUGCAAACAUGCAGAAAAGUCUGGACUGUUACAAGUUUCUUGUAGAUUACUGCAAGAAAAAUCCUGAUGCGGAGGCCAUAGUGAAAAGUGAAGUGAGCAUCUGUGCGGAAAUGGUUGAACUAAUUCCACUUAAAAUGGCACAGGCCCAGCUUAGUGGUGGAAGCUAACUUAAUGCUGAAAAGUUCCAGGAGUUGAUUUCACGAAGUGGAAACUUAGGCUGAAGUCAAAAUUUUUGAAGUGCAUGUAGUUGACCUAAUGCUGACACAAUUUUAAUAUUUCUUGCCCAAAUUCUGAAUGCAUUAUAUUGAACUUCAGAAGACAGAAAGACAAAAAUCGCUUUGUGGAAUCAGGGAAUUUCCAGGAAUGUGCAAUAUGUGAACUUUUGACGAAGUAAUGCAGUGGAGCUGAAACACUAUUGUCAGCUUAAGUUCUGUGCUUUUUAAGCAUGUCUCAUUGGAAUUUUCUUCAUGGAAACUUGUGCUGUCUGUAUAAUUGUUUGUUAGAGCUUUGCAUUGAAGUGAACAGUUGGCUUAUUA